AUGAACCGUCUCGCGGAACCCGUCGAAGACAGUUUGAGUAUUGGGUCUGUAUUUGUGACGUCGGACCUCGCAAGCAAAAAUGGGUCCGAUUAUCUCGCCGACAAUGGCAUUUUCGAUACCACGCUAGUCGACUUUGUUACCCAAGGCAAGGGGUCCUCCGCCAUUUCCGUCUCGUCCCCUAGCCUCGACGCAAGAGCCCCGAAGGACCAGUUGAACUGUGAGAACAACCCGGUGGUGGAUAAAAUCAGCCCGGCCAAUCAGAAGCACAUUUGUAACGCCGUGAAGUCCCUGGUCGGUGGCGGUGUCGCUGCCGUGUCUGCGUUGAUAGACAACACGGUGUGCAGUGAACGGUCUACUGGCCAACCGGUUAAAUGCCACACAAUAGUCGCGUUUAUUGGCACCGCGGGAGUGACCAUGACAACGUCGGAGGUGGGUGACUACUGCAGUGAGUACCUAAGCGCCAACGACAAAAAGUGCGGCAGCCAGGGUGUUACCGGCGACACUGGCAAUAAGAGAGCAUGCGUUGCAGUCGUAAACACCCAGGCGGAUGACACCUCGUGCUCAGGUCUCAGGGGAAAGUGUACUGAAAUCCCCGUGUGA